AUGGUUGAGAGAGAACAAGAAAAGGCCGAGACAAUCACCACCAAGAAAAGAAAAUCAGAUGAACCCCCCAAACAGCCUGCAUCCAAGAAAACGAAGGGAUCAACGACGGUCAAGUUAGAGAACUCACAAGUUGCAAUGCCGCCUCCAAAGCCCUUGGGAAACUCGAAAGGAAAGUACGCCAUCGAAACAUUUUACCCCUGCUGCGAUGACGAGUCUCAACAAAACCACGACGAAUUCUGCAGCAUAGUCCUCUCCCCAGGAGACGGUGGGACGCUGCGUGGUUAUCUCGGUUUGGGCCGAACGAACUACACAGCACUCUUCAUCUUCGAUAAAUGCCCAACAGACGCUUCGACUCGCAAGGUGCCAUUCAGAUGGCGCGGCAAGAGAACACUCUUUUGA